AUGGUUUCAAGUUUACUUUUUGUUGUAGAGAUAUUGGUUAGGAAUUUUCUCUUGAUCAUAGAAAUAAAAGGGGGAAAUACUGCUGGCUGUUGUGAACAGCAGCAGUUCCCGCAGAGGGCAAAGAAAAUAGAAAAAGGAGGGUUUGGGCGAGAACUUACCUGCGAUUUGCGGCUUCCCACGAGAGUGACCAUAUUCACGAUACUAGCUCGGACUUUCCGAUAUUUUUCUUCUUUGUCUGAAGCUUCUUGGAGAUUUGUGAGCAUAUGGAUGAUUUACAAGAUUCUCAAAAAGCAACAACUCAAGGUUCAUCAGAUAUGGGUGAACUUACAACCGAUCUAUUCUUGAAGCUCUUGAAUCAAUUGGUCUUGAUGAACGAAGUAUGGAUAAAGAGCAAAGGCAAUAGGACAUUUUGAAUCUUGUCGAACAUUUGAGGUUGUGUUCAUGUUACAUUUGAUGAGAGAUGUAUUAGCAAUCACAAAUGAGCUCAAUAAAUGCUUACAAAGAAAGGAGCAAGAUGUUGCAAAUAUCAUGCUACUUGUUGAAGUAACAAAGAAAAUGCUGCAAGUUUUAUGGAUGAUGAAUAAAAUUCUCUUAUUGCUAAAGUAUCCAUAUUUUAUACCAAACUUGAAAUUUUGAUACCUAACUUUGAGGAGUCAUAUGGUAGCUCUUUAAGAUCACGAUGAAGACUUGCUCACUAUAUAGUCUUACACCAUUACUAUGUUGAAAUGUUUUGCAAUAUUAUUGAUAAUGAUCCUUUUAA